AUGUCGUCUAUCGCCCUGCUCCCUUCUUUUCUUCUGCGUGCCCGGUCCACCGAACACACCGAGAACCACUCCACUCCACUCAUCUCCAUCCCGUCAUUGUUGUUGAUACCAUCUCCAUGUCUGCAAACCACCAAGCCCAUCAUCAUCAUCAAGAUCCCGAAUCCGAAUCCGCUGCCAGUGAAACCACCACUCUCCUCCCCUCAAUCGAUUCUCCUGAACAACAAAACACACCUUCAGCACCCAAAUGAGCAGCACCUUUUCUGGAGAGUCGGAGCCAUCUACGGCGCCGCCGCCGUCGGUCUUGGCGCCUUUGGUGCUCACGGGCUCAAGAAGCGCAUUUCUGAUCCCAACAAGAUUGCCAGUUGGUCGACGGCUGCUCAUUAUCAGCUGGUCCACUCGGCCGUCCUCCUCGUCGCGAGUCAUCACCCCGUCGCUUCCGCCCUCUUCACGGCAGGCAUGACCAUGUUCAGCGGCAGCAUCUAUGCUUUGACUCUCGAUACCGAGAAGUACAGGUUCUUGGGCCCUGUGACGCCCGUCGGAGGUCUGUUUCUGAUUGCGGGCUGGUUGGCGCUGGCUUUUGCGUCCAAGGGAACUGCCGUCGCUAGGUUUCCUCGUUUUUAG